CCCUGUCACGCACGUAAACAAAGGCUCGGUUGCACCGCUUGCACGCUCUUUUACACAAACACACCCGCACACGAGCAUAGAAACUUCUUGUAAAAUGCGUCAAAGUGUAUGUGCUCGCGUCAGAACGGGUCGCCGAGCUCUCUAGAUGGUCCGCCUUUCUGUGACGCGCUUCGAUCAGACACCAUCUUUGAGCGUUCAGCAAGUGAAAAUUUUGUUGGUUGAGUUGAGCGUUCCAUGAGCCUGCGUGUGCUUAACGGGCAGAGGGUGCUUCACCGGGGAAACAAUCUCGAUUUAGGAAAAUUGAACACGAUUGAAAACAUUGCAAGUGUGCAACGGAUACGGUAAGCGGUACAAAACUCAUCCGAGGUGUAAAACCAUUUUGACGGUGUCAAAAUGCCAGCAGAAUAUUACGAUGAGGAUGGGUUUCGUUUGGCAUUUGAUAAUGAAACAUCGAGCGACCAGAAGCAGUUCUUUAUGCGCGCCUUUCCAACCGUCAGCAAGAUCGCGGACCGGCGGGUACACUGCACGUCCUGCGAUGUGCACAUCGGUACGGCCCCGGUCUCGGAAGCGAUCAUCCGGAUGCAUCCGGUGCUGCGGGUAACGCACUGCCGCAACUGCCACGCCUUCUACAACAGCGGCGAGUUCGACAAGGGUGAGGAUGGGAGUGAGCUGUACUGCCGGUGGUGUGGCCAGGGCGGUGAGGUGUACUGCUGCUCCAACUGUCCGUACGUGUUCUGCAAGAAGUGCAUCACGCGCAACCUGUCCCGGAGCUGUGUGCAGGACAUUGUGCAGAACGAAAAUUGGCAUUGCUUCAGCUGUGCGCCGCACGUGCUGUGGACGCUGCAAGCACAUCACUGGGCGCUGGAGAACUUUAUCGAAAAGCAGAAAAGGGAAAUAAAAAGCCAGCAGCUAUCCAGCCACGCCAUUAGCUCACUGAUGAAACAGGACCGUACGUACUGCUGCCAGGGUAAGGGGGUCGGUCGGUUGAAAGGUGCGAGCCCGAGCAGUGCGCCGGUACCGAAGAAGGUGGCGGCCAAACGUGCGUACAGUGGUGACACGGUUACGGCGAAAAGGAAAUCGUCCGAGGAUAGCAGCAAAUCGCUAUCGCUCGAGUCCGCCGACACUUUGACGCACUCGAUACUAGGACAGUUGCAUCUGGAUGGUGAUGGUUCGGGUUCACCGUCCACCACCACAAUGGUCCCCACCACGUCGGGCAGGGCCGGCGGAACCGGCGGCAUGCAGAAAAAGCAACAGAAAACGGUCACGUUCGACGACGGCAAGCUGCAGGUUGGCGAAACACCGGCGAAGAAAAAGCGCACGGGAAACAAUGAAGUCGUAUGCACGCCGGACAUUCUGAGCAUGAUGCUGUCGGAUGAAAAUCCGGCGUCCAGCAGUACUGGUCCGCCACGGCCGCCAAUUGUAGCCGUCGGCACGAAGCACCCGGUGCCGGUCUCUCCAAAACCGUCUGGCUAUGGCAACAGUGCGAUCGCUGGGUCUCCUUUGGCGGCAGGGUUUACCGUAAGCCCGGUCGGAACGGGCAUCCCCACCAAGACCAUCAUUCCGAAGCAGAAAGCCAUCCUGCACCAGUCAAUGCCACGCAAUUUGGCCGUCAGCGUGCCGCCGGGCCGAGGGAUGAUGGCCAACCCUGCGCUAGCAGCCCCCGGCCAUCCCGAAAGCGUCGUGAAUCAGGAACCGAUAACGCAUACGGUGCGCGUUCCGGCCCAGACCGGUCAGCGGCAAUCGAACGCUAACGCACCGCUGUACACCACGUUCGAAGGAUUUCGUAUCGAUUUGCAAACGGCCAGCCAGCAGGGCACGUACCGUUUGCCGAACGGUAAGGUAAUAGUCGUGCGGAGACAAGCGCCCGACAACGCGACCGGAGUGGACGCCACCGCUGUUAAGCAAUCCCCGGUACAGGCGGUAGCGCCACCGGCGUCUGGUGGUCUUACCCCAAUCCCAACCGCCCGUUUGAUGCUGAACAAUGCACUAACGCAACAGCAGCAGCCAGCUGGACCAGCGAUCAUCAGAAACGGGCAGGAUCAGCAGUUGAGACGCAUGCAGCAGCAGCAGCAGCAGCAGCAGCAAAUGCAGAAGCAACAAUUCCAGCAGCAGCGCUUCCAGUUGCAGCAGCAGCAGCAAAUGCAAAUACAGCAAACCCAUCAGCAACAGUACGCCAAGCAUCUGCAGCACAUGCAGCAGCAGCAGCAGCAGCAACAGCAUCAGCAUCAGCUGCGUGGUGGGGUCCAGGUGACUGCCCCAGGCGGGAUCGUGCGCAUGACUCGUCCAGCCGCGUACAUGAGCAACACACCCGGAACUAGGCAAUCGACGAGCGUGGGCGCCGUGCGGGGAACGCCCGACAGUACCCAGACCGACCCGACCAACGUUCAUCCCUACUCGAUCGUGAACGUGCUGACCGCGCUCGUUAACGGGCCGCACGAAAACAGCCAGCUGGGCAACGCGCAGAAGGACUUCGAGAAAGCGAUGCUGGCCGGUGCGGAGGUUUGUAAGCACAUACUCGCCAAGAUUGCUUCGCUGGCGGAAACCAAAUCGAACAGCAACGUGCGGAACCUGCGGGACGUGAAGGAGCUGUUCAUCCACAUGUCCUACCUGGUGACGUACGGUAUCGGGCGCUUCAAAACCCUGCACGAACGGUGCGUGAACGAUGUGAAGAAGAUGGGCUUUACGCAGGAACUGGACUUUGUGAUGGUGAACGACCGGAUACAGAGUUCUUCGGCACCGGCCGAGGAGAAGGAGGACGGUGCCAGCGAGCACGAAACACCCGACACGCAAAACGAAGAGGAAGAGGAUGAUGAUGAUGAUGAUUGUGAAAUCAUCGAGCAGCCGCAAACGGUGAUCGAGGUGGAUUCGGACGAUGAUACACCGACCAAAGAGGCGGACACGGGAAGUGAGCGGGAGGUGCUGACCACCGCUACUGACAAGCCAGCGAUCGGUAAGGGGGUCGCGUCUGGUGAUGCCACUAACACGAUUACGGUGGGAGAAAUUAAGGUGACAUGGAGUGUGGUGAGCGAUCAACCUUCGGCGGAAGCUGUGAGUGGCGAUGGUUCUGUGGAAAACAGUGGCCGUGCGACAGCUGUUACCGGUGAAGAGGAGAAAGCGGAAGGUGCAGAAGCGAGUGGUCCGUCGGAUGAGAAAGAAAAGGCGGUUGAGGCAGGAGUUGCUACCGGUGAGAAGCAUCUGGAGGAUGGACAGUCCGCGACAGCGACAGCCAGCAGUUGCUCCGACACGAAUGGCCGCCCACAGCAGAAAACAGUUCCACAAGAAAGCGCAGAAGGAAGCGAGAAAAGUGCGGAAGUGAAAGAUGGGGAGGUGGAACUGAUCGAAAUAUCGGACAAGGAAGUGUCGGAGCUGCUGGACAUUCACAUAAGCAACGACGAACCAUCCACGAAGCAGAAUGCGAACCCGCCGUCACGCGAGACUGCUGAACCGAUGGAAGUUAUAGAUUCGGAUGAUGAAGCUACCCGUGCGCAAAACACGCAACACGGUCCUACGGUUGGAAUGAUAGCAGGUGACAAAGUACCUCGCGAUGAGAAGGCGGCGGCUGGUACCGGCAAGAUGUCAGCAGAUGCUGUCGAAAAAUGUAAAGAUAAAGUGGAAGUGGAAAAUUCGAGCAAAUCGGGUGAUACGGCGACCGAGGAAGAGCCGGAGCAGAGCGUACCGGCGACGGACGAUAGUGGCCAAGGUCCGCACAACGACUCCUCGCUGCUCGACGAGCUGGAACAUUCGUCCAAGGGCAGCAGCAGCGAAAUUCUGAACCUGAUGGACGCGGCUGACGAUAGCUACCAUAGCGAUAGUUCGGAUAUGCAGUUUACCUCCGAAUACACCAUCCGGGAGGCGAGCGAUGAACCGCCGUCGAAUCGGGAAGCAACCGUUACAAGCACGUGCGUAGAGGCUGAGGAAGCGAAAUCAUCCCCCAGCACGGAGGUAGACAGUCCGGCUGCAAUGGAGCCCGAUGAACAGGAGCCUGACUGUACAAAGGAGCGGACUGGGCAUGAAGAUCCGGAAGCUAUCGAAGUGUUGGAUAGCAGUGAGGAAAGCGAAAGUGGCAAGAACAUCACGCUCGCUGGGGAUAACGCGUCAAAAGGCGAACAUGUACCAGUGGCAGAAAGUGUUGAACAAUCGUCAUCAGCAAAGGAUCGUGCUGAAGAAACUGUUGUCGUGGAACAGACCAACAAACCGAUAGAAGCAUCAGCUGACGGAGAUAAGGAAAAGCUGGAAAGCAAUGUAGCAAGCACUAUGAAUGAGUUACCAACUGAAGAAAAGGAAACAGGCAAGGCGGACGAGAAGGGAAAGAGUGAGGAAGAACAAAACGGAAGCGAAGAGAACGUUAAGGAAGUAGAAGAAAAAGAAACAAACAAAGCUGAAAAGCAACAGGAAGAACAGGCAGAUGAGCUCAACUCAGAAGCGUUAGCAGAUAAGGACAAAGAUGAUCGCCCUGCAUCUGGUGAGUUGCAGAACGAUUCCGAUAGCGCUGCAGCUGCUAACAAUACCGUUGAGAUCAUCUCAGCUGCUAGUGAGGGUGGUUGUGAGCAAGACGUUGGCAUAAAUGCAAAGGGAGCAAUAUCUCAAACAGCUUUGGCAAAAGACAAAGGCACUGCUCCAGAACCAAUGGAUGUAGAUAGGGAGGCGCAGCACUCGACGGAUGUUGUUGCUGUAGCUGAAAAACAAGAUACAGAUGGUUUAUCUGUAAUGGAGGUUGCGGAAGAAGUAACGAAGGAUUCAGCAUCAGAAAUAGAGCAACCGGACAGUUCCAGUGUGAAGGAUGCAACCGGGAAGGAGCAAACUGCAAUCAGUGAAAAAGAGGUAGAUGUCCCACAAGUUGAGGCACUUUCGGAAGAGUCAUCCCCUGCAGGAAAUGAUUCCCAAGAAUGUGAGAAAAAGAUACCGGAAUCGGAUAGCAAAAGUAAAGACACGAAAUUGUCCCCUGAAGAGUCGCCGCAGGAUUGUUCAGCAAAGGAGGAAAACGCUCCAUGCCAUACUGCUGCAGCAAUGGCUGAUCAGCGUGUAGAAGAUAAGCUCAGUGAUAGGAAGAAUCAACCGGAAGACUUACCAGCCAGUACCGAACCAUCUACGGUUAGUUCCGAAACGAAAGAAAAGGAGGAAAAGGAAAACGUAGAAAAGGCAGUUACUAUCCCAGCUGACACUACAGAACAGCUGGAAGAAGAACCGCAGGUAAAUACCCCGAUGGAGGUAGAUUCGAGGGAGUCGAAUUUGAAUUCGGAGCAGGUGGCACUUUAAGUUUCUGCGCACAAAACGUUUUGCUUUCUACUUCUCUCUCUCCAAGAGAGGCAUUUAUCAGGAGUAUCAGGGGGCUCAAACGUAGCUUUUGGAAAGAAAGCAGGAGUUCGUUUGGCUGCAAAUGUAAAUAUAUGACCCGUAAGAUUCGCGACAUUACUUUCGUGAGGAUGUCCUGUGUGAGGUUAAUGUUAAGCUACCUAUUCUAGACGUAUGUCCCUAAGCUGAGCUUAGUCAUCGGUUGUUAGGUACAACCAGAAAACCCCAUUAUUCCCUUGAGUAUAAUGACAUUGGAAUAUAAUAAAUCUAAUUACGAAACAUGAAAA